UUCUUACAUUAACUUCCGGUUAAUGGCAGCGCUCUUGUACUAUCCGCUGCAAGAUCAACAUACUGUUAUUGUCUCGAAAUGGAUAUACUUAAAGCUGAGAUAGCAAGAAAGAGGAAACUUCUAGAAGAAACAGAGCUAAUUGACGACUCCAAAAAAUGCUUCAAAAGGGCUGAUCUUGCACGCAAGGAGAAAGAAGAGUACUUCAAAAGAUGUGGCUAUAAGGUUCAGACAGAGACCCCUGAGAGCCAGAUUGAUAAAAAGGUAGAAAAUGAACCGUCCACUUCAUCUAACCCGGUGUUAGAACUGGAAUUAACAGAGGAGAAACUGCCAAUGACACUGUCAAGACAGGAGGUUAUUCGACGACUUCGAGAACGAGUGGAACCGAUCCGAUUGUUUGGAGAGUCAGAUUAUGAUGCUUUCCAGAGAUUGAGGAAAAUUGAGAUCCUGACCCCAGAAGUAAACAAGGGAUUGAGAAAUGACCUGAAAGCUGCCAUGGACAAGAUAGACCAGCAGUAUCUGAAUGAGAUUGUUGGAGGGACAGAACCGGGGGAUGUGGACACGCAGCAUGACCUGAAAGUUCAUGAAGAAAACACCACCAUAGAGGAGCUCGAGGCUCUUGGGAAAUCCUUGGGUACAGGGGAUGACAGUGGCGAUCAGGAUGUCAUCGCCAAAUUUUUAAGGUUUCUUCUUGGUGUUUGGGCCAAAGAUCUGAACAGCCGAGAAGACCAUGUGAAACGUGGUGUCCAGGGAAAGCUGGCCAGCGCAACACACUCCCAGACUCAGUCAUAUCUCGAGCCUCUCUUUAAAAAGCUCAGAAAGAAGAAUUUACCAGCUGACAUAAAAGAAUCUAUCACCGACAUCAUUAAAUUCAUGCUGGAGAGAGAAUAUGUGAAGGCAAAUGAUGCAUAUCUACAGAUGGCCAUUGGUAAUGCUCCCUGGCCCAUUGGCGUGACCAUGGUGGGUAUCCACGCCCGUACUGGACGAGAAAAGAUCUUCUCCAAACACGUGGCUCACGUUCUCAACGACGAGACGCAAAGAAAAUACAUUCAGGGACUGAAGAGGCUCAUGACUAUCUGCCAGAAACACUUCUCCACCGUUCCAUCCAAGUGUGUGGAGUACAAUGCUCUUUAAGAGGCUAAAUUUUGUCUUUGACUCGAGGACAGUACUUUUUUUGGGGAUUUUUAUUUUAUUUUUUUCACAACAGCUCAUUUUUGUUUCAAACUCUUGUACACGAGGAUUUCUCAUGGGAGUUAUUGUCAUAAAAAAGUACAAAUUAAAUCAGACUGAGUAAAAGUCUAUAUCGUAUACCGUCAAAAGUCUUUGACUGUUUUUAAACGAUCUGUGACUUUUAAGCGUGUCUUGGUUCGGCCUAGUCAGAAUAUUUGCAGCUCUUCUCAUGUAUAAAAUGCUCCAAAGAACUUAAACUAUAGUUACUUGUGUUUUAAGCAAUGAACAAAUAAUCCCUCACAUAAUGUUCAUCUGUUUUCAAAAUGUUUUUUUAAUGUUAUCAGCAAAAUGUCAUUAGUUAAUGAACAGGAAAGUGUAAGUUUUAUUGCA